GGUGUCAGUUAAACAUAACUAUGGAAAAAAAAAAUUUGGUUUGGAAUUCAAAAACUGCGAAUUCAAAUUGAGUCGGUAUUUAUAAUGAGCUUAAAAAUAUAUAUUUCAAAGAUUAAAUGUGAUUUGUUAUUAUUUUUGUGGUUUGUGGAAUCAGGGAAAAAAAAACAUUGAAAACAUGCAAACGCAUUUGAAAAAAAAAACAUCGCAUUGCUAGCCGUUCGGUGUGCAAGGGUGGCGCUGUCAGUCAAUGCGAAAAUCACAUCUACGUCCAAUUUGCAUGAAGAAUUACAUUUGAACAUGUCUGCACAAACAGCUAACGGAUUUGCACUCGGUUGAAAGUCAGACGAUGCGAUGACAUUGUUAGUUGGAGUGUGAGCGUCAUUGAAUGUGUGUCCAGAAUAAAAAAAAUGUCACCGUGUUCUUAUUCGUAGACUAAUUUUUUUUUUUUCAAUAAAUUGAGGUGAAAUUCUGAAUAUUUGCAAACUAAAACGACGAAAAAUGGCUGAGGCAAUGGAAAUCGACGAGAAUUCCGGCGAUGAGAAUUCCAAUUCGAAAAUUGUUGACUCUGUGUCGAUGAUGCAGAGUUUUUUAAGUCCGAAACAACAAAAACGCUUGGAUUUUUUGCUGGAACAAGCCGAAGUGUUCUCACAUUUUGUUGGAAAUUCACCAAAGCAAGCGGCCAAACGCAACAAAAUGGCGCGCAAACGUGAACAAAAGUCGUCAAGUCGACACCAUGAAAAUGACAAAUCGAUGGAUGGAGAUGACGAUGCCGAAGAUGAAGGAAAAGCAACAGGUGUCCGCUUCGAAACGACGCCAGCGUACAUAAACGGCGUAAUGCGUGACUACCAAUUGCGCGGCUUGAAUUGGCUGAUUUCUCUGCACGAAAAUAAUGUGAAUGGAAUUCUAGCUGAUGAAAUGGGACUAGGGAAGACAUUGCAAACCAUUUCGAUUCUUGGUUUUUUGAAAAAUUACAAAACGAUCGAUGGUCCAUUCUUGGUGGUUGGACCGAAAUCAACACUUGCUAACUGGUUUAAGGAAGUGAAAAAAUUCUGUCCAACGUUGCGUGCGCUCACAUUGAUUGGCGAGAAAACCGCGCGCCAAGAUGUAAUACAUCAACUUGAAAAGCGUAAGUCGUGGGACGUUCUCCUGACGACAUACGAGAUGAUUUUGGCAGAAAAAAGUGCCCUCAAACGGUAUAAUUGGCGAUAUCUUGUUGUGGAUGAGGCACAUCGCUUGAAAAAUGAAAACAACAAAAUCAGCACGAUUUUACGAAGUUUUAAAUCCGACAAUCGGCUUCUGCUCACUGGUACCCCACUUCAGAACAAUUUACACGAACUGUGGGCCCUUCUGAAUUUCCUAUUGCCAGAGGUGUUCGCAAGUGCAGACGACUUUGACACAUGGUUUGAUGCAGAUGAUUGCUUAAGAGGUAAUCAUAGCAUUGUUCAACGGCUGCGAACCAUUCUUCAGCCGUUCAUGCUACGGCGCAUCAAAGCCGAAGUGGAAAAGUCUCUGUUGCCAAAGAUUGAAACGAAACUGUUCGUCAGACUGACGCCAUUGCAACACAAAGUGUACAAAACGGUUUUACUCAAAGAAGUGAAGAAAAUCAACGCAUUUGGCGAAGAGUCAACAAAGGCCAUAAAUAUGAUUGUGCAAGAGCUGCGAAAGGCGGCCAAUCAUCCAUAUUUGAUUGAUAACAUUGAACCAGGCCCACCAUACACAACCGACAUGCAUUUAGUCACCAGUUGUGGCAAAAUGCUGAUUUUGGACAAACUGUUGGCCAAAUUGAAAUCGCAAGGCUCGCGAGUGGUCAUGUUUUCUCAAUUUACGAUGUUGCUCGACAUACUCGAGGACUACCUGGGCUGGCGUGGCUACGAAUAUCGGCGGCUUGAUGGACAAACACCGUACGAAGAGCGGGAAGAGAGCAUCGAUCAAUUCAAUGCAGAAAACAGUGACAUAUUCGUGUUCAUCAUAUCCACACGGGCAGGUGGCUUAGGCAUAAAUCUGGCCACCGCAGACACGGUGAUAAUUUACGAUUCGGAUUGGAAUCCGCAAUCUGAUUUCCAGGCAAUCGACCGUGUGCACAGAAUUGGCCAAAAGAAACAGGUGCGAGUCUAUCGUCUGGUCUCAGAAAACACCAUUGACCAACGUAUAACGGAGCGCGCUGAAAUCAAGCAUCGUUUAGAUAAGAUGAUCAUACACGGUAAAACGACUGAAAAAAAUCUUACCGAAUUGACAAAGGGCAACAAGCGCGAUAUGAUUUUCUUCGGUGCUGAAUACAUUUUGUCUUCGGAUGGUUCCGAUGUCAUUGAUAUUGAUAUCGACAUAGACAAGGUUCUCAAGGAGGCCGAAUCGAAAACAGCCGAGGAAGAUGAAAAGUACGCGAAAUUGGGAGAAAGUGAAUUGCGUAAUCUCACAUUGGAAGAAGCUUCAAGCGUAUCGGUCUAUCAGUUUGAAGGUGUCGAUUUUCGUGCCAUGCAAAACAAAACAAAAGAUGAUGGUGCACACCUGUUGCGACAAAGAAAACCCGUUCAGUAUGUCUUGCCGAUGCAAGCGCCUUCCACAGUUUUGCGAAAAAUGAAAUUUCUGCUUGACUAUCAAUUCUAUCCGAAAGCCCUGCAUGACAUGUCAGAAGAUCAUGAUGGAUGGGUCGAUAUGAAUGUGGACAAAGAGCUGAAGCAAGAGCUGGUCGCAGAAGGAUUCCCAAACUGGAAGCGACAAGACUUGAAAACAUUCAUCUAUGCCAUGCGAAAGUACGGCCGUGAAGAUAUGCAACAAAUUGCAAGUAUGCUGCCUGAAAAAACGCUCGACGAAAUCACCAGGUAUCAUCGUGCAUUUUGGAGCCGUGGAAAAGCCGAACUAAAAGAAUUUGAUCGCUACAUUGCAUCACUUGCGAAGGCAGAGGCCGAACAAAACAAGCAAAAGACGGUUUCCGAAGCAUUUCACUGGAAAAUGACCGGUUACCGUUGCCCUGAAUUGGAACUUACGUUCAAAGGUCUCAGUGUGAAGAGCAUGUUCACAUAUGAACAAGACAAAUUCAUACUGAGCUACUUAUUCGAGAUUGGCAUCGAUGCUCCAAAUGCUUAUGCUCGGAUUCGUGAAAAGAUUUCAUCAUCCAGACGACACAAUUUCGAUUUUUUCCUGCGCAGCCGGACCGCAGCCGAAUUGCAGCGGCGCGCAGAGUAUCUACUGAACACAAUCAACCGUGAAUACAUUGAAUUUAUGACCAAAAACACAUCGGCCUCUUCAGACACUUCGGAGACAGCUGGCAACAAGAGUGUCGGCGGCGUUAAGAAACCGGUUUUGCAGAACAAAAUGAACAUGAACAUGACCGUUGGAUAAGGAAAAUUUGCUGUCAAUUUUUACAUUUGGCCAAAUCCAAACUGACAAGAGUCAGUACAAUUCAAUAUUUGUUGUUAGUUUCUUUAUUAGAUUAUACCUGCUUUCAUUGCGAUUGAAAAUUCAUUUUUUUUUCUCCCAUCAAAUUUCUAAAAAUACACUCAACUUGAACGAUGAAGAUUUGAACAUGAAACGAAAGAAAAUUCAUUCGAAUUGAAAAACACCUGUUGAGUUUUUCUUCAGAUGUUCAUGAAAAUGAAUUUUUGACAAAUCACAGAAAGAUAAUAAAAACCCAUUUACUUUAAUUAAA